AUGGAGUCUCCAUUUAAGGUGGAUAUACUGAAAGGUAAAGUAGCUUUGUUGACAGGAGGCGGAUCAGGAAUCGGGUUCGAGAUCUCAACGCAGUUCGGUAAACAUGGAGCCUCCGUCGCCAUCAUGGGCCGCCGGAAGAACGUCAUUGACGAUGCCGUAUCAACACUCCAAUCUUUAGGAAUUCCGGCUGUGGGGUUUGAAGGUGAUGUAAGGAAACGGGAAGAUGCAAAAAGAGUAGUGAAGGAAACUGUGAAGCAUUUUGGAAAGCUUGACAUUCUUGUUAAUGCUGCUGCUGGAAAUUUUCUUGUGUCAGCUGAGGAUUUGUCUCCUAAUGGCUUUAAAACAGUGAUAGAUAUCGAUGCUGUUGGUACAUUUACAAUGUGCCACGAAGCACUUACUUAUCUCAAGAAAGGUGGACAAGGAAGGAGCUCAUCUACUGGCGGAUUUAUAUUAAACAUCAGUGCCACUUUGCAUUACACGGCGUCUUGGUAUCAAAUCCACGUAUCUGCAGCCAAGGCAGCUGUUGAUGCCCUUACGAGAAAUUUGGCCCUGGAGUGGGGUACCGAUUAUGAUAUCAGAGUUAAUGGUAUUGCACCAGGUCCUAUAGAAGAUACUGCUGGAAUGAGUAAACUUGCACCUCGCGAGAUACUUAGCAAAGGUAGAGAGUGGAUGCCUCUCCAUUUUAUUGGUGAGAAGUGGGAUAUUGCCAUGGCUGCUCUGUAUCUUGCAUCAUAUGCUGGUAAAUACAUAAAUGGAACAACCCUCGUAGUAGACGGAGGACACUGGUUGAAUCAACCUCGCCAUCUUCCCAAAGAGGCGGUUAAACAGCUUUCUCGGAGCGUGGAAAAAAGAUCGCGAGAUUCACCAAUUGCAGUUCCUACCAGCAAACUGUAA